AUGCAACCUCUCUCUCUCUCUCUCUUUCUCUCUCUAUCCCUCUCUCUCUCUCUAUCUCUCUCUAUCCCUCUCUCUCUCUCAUUCAUCUAUCGCAAUUUCUGUGAAAAAAUGACCGUACGUCUCUCCACUUGGCGACUGACAAUGGAUGCCUUGAAGCUGUUGGACAAAUUAAUUGCUAUGAAAUGCAACCUUCACAUGAAAGACAAAGAUGGAGCCACAGCACUCCACCUAGCGGCAAAGAAGGGAAAUAUUGAAGUCCUGAAAAUGCUGCUGGCUUCCGGAUGUGUGGCAGACGAUCGAGAUGUAGAUGGAAGAACUGCCUUGCAUAUCGCAAGUGAAAACGGUUUUACAGAGGUCUGUGAUCUGCUUUUGGAAUAUGGAGCUAGUUCCAAUGCAGAAACUUUGAAGGAAAUGACACCGCUCCAUUUGUCAGCAAAUCAUGGACACGCAGAUGUUGUCAGAAAACUUCUUAAUUAUGGCUGUAGUGUCAACGCUCAAAACUUCUUUCAUUUAUGUUUAUGUUUUUCAAUAUUUUCUGGUCUGAAUAUUUCUCUCUUACGUACUAAUGUUCUUCUCUUUUUCUCUCUCUCUCUCUCUCUCCCCCUCUCUAUCUCUCUCUCUCGCUCACACAUAUUUAUUCUUUCUUUCUCUUUUUGA